AUGGGCAUUCCCUACCUGACGAAGCACCUGCUCCCCUAUGCUGACCCGGUCGUGUUGGGCGUGUCGGACUCUGAGUGUCCAUCGGUGCAGGAUGUGGUGAUCGAUGGACCCAGUCUGGUGUACCAGGUCUACCUGCGCCUCCUAGCCUGGUCCGAGCCAAGCACCGAUGUGCUCGCCGUCCAACCGACCUGCCACCAGGUCAGUAUCGGCGUGCUGGGCUAUCUACUUCAAUUGGCCAAACUGGGCGUGCAGGUGCACGGGAUAUGCUUCGAUGGCGCGUUGCCCAUGUCGAAACGAGAGAUCCGGCUUGCGCGGCUCGAAAAGUCGAGGCACCGCUUGGAAUUGUUUCGUCGCACAGACCUCCGUUCUUCUGGGUCAGAGUCCUGCGGAGAGGCCUCGAUCCAGUCGGCCCAGCUCUGGCGGAGCCGGAGUGUGCCAACUCGAUGGAAGAACAUCCCCGAGAAUCCAUUCAUGGUCUCGGCGGUUUAUGAGGACCUCCUGUGUCGCUGGACCAAGGGCAGCAUUGCGGAUCUCCAUGGCGAACUCCCUUGUCAUCUAGCGGACUUCGGAGAGCACCCGUGGGCUGACAUCACAGUGAUGGCUCCCGGGGAAGCCGAUGCCAUGUGCGCCUUCGUAUCCAAACAAACGGGGGCCGCAAUCUUGACAAAUGAUUCCGACCUUUUGCUCCACGACCUGGGCCCCCAUGGCUCCGUGGUCUUCCUAGACUCAGUACACAUGCCGGGGGCCACCUGGGAGAUGGUUGAGUCCGAUAUUCAAGGGCUGAGAUUAUGCCCACAUUCUCUCGCUGGUCGAUUGGGAAUGCCGAGUGUCCAACGGUUCGCCUACGAGUUGAAGAAAAACCCCCACCUGCAUUUACCGGAACUUAUCCGAAAGUCCAAGGACGAUUUGGGAGCUCAGUCACUACCGAAUAGCUAUCAUGAAUUUCUCCAAGAAUACCAGCACGACCUCGGCCUAUCGUCUUCUAGGACUGGUAAAUUUCUGGAUCCUCGAGUAUCUGAAUUGUUUUGGCAGUACGAGCUUCCUGAGACUUACUGCACAAUGGACCAACCACACGUCUACCUGGGCAUCCUGAACGAGGAUCAUGCCAGACGGUGUGCAUGGGAAGAGGGUCGGUUCUAUCGGUCUCUGGGUUACUCUCUUUUCAAUCUGUCACGUCCGUCUUCCAAUCGAUUUACAGUUGUCUGUGAAUAUGUUCGACGAGGUGGGCGAAUUGUGGCGGAUCAGAUUACUCUUGCCGGUGCGAAGACAGUUGACUCGGACCUGGAUCUUUUGCGAAAGCGCUUGAGCUUGGCCCGGUCUGUGUUUGGCAACGGCCUGUCCCCUUUAAGUUUUUGGGCGCUUUUUGCUUUGUCGGAUAUCUACCAGCACACCUCCGCCUCUUCGACGGCUCCCAGUGCGGCGAGCUUGGAGAGAUUCCUGGUGCGAGGCUUUAUGGCCCAAAGAGCCGAAUGGGUGGACCAUCACCUCCUUGCCCAGAUCCAGGCCGUGCUGUAUUCGCUCCGUAUCCUUAGGCAGCUCCUGGAGAUGACAACGCGGGACUCUUCCACCAAGUCCCUGCUCGCCGACUUACCGCCGCUCCAUAUUCUGGCCCGAUCACGGCACGAGAUGGUUGGAAGUUUCUCUGACCAGGACCUAGUCCAUCGUCUGGUGGGUUGCAUGUUCCAUACGUACUGUUGA